CACGUCUUCUCCUGGCACGCCUCCUCCCGCCACCCUAUGCCCCUGCCAUGCCUCCUCCCGCCACCCCAUGCUCCUGCCAUGCCUUCUCCUGCCACGCCUCCUCCUGCAACCUCAUGCCCCUGCCAUGCCUCUUCCCGCCACCCCAUGCUCUUGCCACACCUCCUCCCGCCACAUCUCCUACCAUGCCACCUCCUGUCACACCUUCUCCUACCACCCCAUGCUUGUGCCACGUCUCCUCCAGCCACCCCAUGCUCCUGCCACGCCUCUUCCCGCCAUGUCUCCUCCUGCCAUGCCACCUCCUGUCACACCUCCUCCCGCCACUUCAUGCUUGUACCACAUCUCCUCCCAUCACCCCGUGCUCCUGUCACACCUUCUCCAGCCACCCCAUGCCCCUGCCACGCCUCCCCCUGCCAUGCCUUCUCCCGCUGCCCCAUGCUCCUGCCACACCUCCUCCUGUCACACCUCCUCCCGCCACUCCAUGCUUGUGCCACAUCUCCUCCCAUCACCCCGUGCUCCUGUCACACCUCCUCCUGCCACCCCAUGCCCCUCCCACACCUCCUCCUGCCAUGUCUCCUCCCGCCACCCCAUGCCCCUGCCACGCCUUCUCCUGCCAUGUCUCCUCCUGCCACUCCAUGCUCCUGCCACGCCUCCUCCAGCCCCCUCAUGCUCCUGCCAUGCCUCCUCCUGCCAUGUCUCCUCCUGCCACCCCAUGCCCCUCCCACACCUCCUCCUGCCAUGUCUCCUUCCGCAACCCCAUGCUCCUGCCACGCCUCCUCCUGCCAUGUCUCCUCCCGCCACCCCAUGCCCCUGCCAUGUCUCCUCCCGCAACCCCAUGCUCCUGCCACGCCUCCUCCUGCCAUGUCUCCUCCCGCCACCCUGUGCUCCUCCCACCAUGCCUCCUCCCUGACGCCGGGCACCAGCACUACUGGGACACGGGGCUGGAGGAGCCUCAGGGCUGAGCCCAUCUGGCAGCCCCU